UAAAUGCGCACUUAUUCAGUUAAAUUAUAGGUAGAUUAUAUUGUAUGAUGUAAUAAAGUCACGAAUGUCUAUGGCACUGUUUAUAUACCAAUUUGCCCACAGCAAACAUGGCCGCCGCCUGAGUAGGCGUAGGAACGUUGCCCACAGUUGAGGCUCCACUCCACUCCUGUCAUGUCGGCUCUGAAGCUCCGCUUACCCCCUAAUGACGGCCCGGUGCUGUCCGUGGUGGACAUGCACACGGGCGGGGAGCCCCUGCGGAUAGUGCUGAGCGGGGCCCCGGUGCCGAGCGGGAGCACACUGCUGGAGAAGCGGCGCUGGGUGCGGGAGAACAUGGACUGGGUGCGCAGGGUGCUGAUGCUGGAGCCCCGCGGCCACCAGGACAUGUACGGGGCGCUGCUGGUGCCCAGUGAGGAGGCGGAGGCGCAGCUGGGAGUCCUCUUCAUGCACAAUGCCGGCUACAGCACCAUGUGCGGCCAUGCGGUCAUCGCCCUGGGACGCUUCGCCCUGGACUACGGGCUGGUGGAUCUGCAGGGGCCGGAGACCCAGGUCAACAUGCACUGCCCCUGCGGCCUGGUGCGGGCCUAUGUGUCCUACAGCGGGGGCCGCAGCGGCAGAGUGCGGUUUCACAGUGUUCCUGCCUUCACCCUGUGCACAGAUGUCACAGUUGAUGUGCCCGGCUAUGGCACAGUAGUAGUGGACAUUGCAUAUGGCGGCGCCUUCUACGCCUUUGUUAGCGCAGAGCGCUUUGGACUGGACGUUUGCUCUUCAAAGACGAGAGAUCUUGUAGAUGCCGCCGCUGCCGUAUCAGAUGCUGUGAAGGCGCAGGUUAAAAUCAGCCAUCCUGACAGUGAGGACCUGGCGUUCUUAUACGGCACUAUACUAACAGACGGGAAGGAUGUAUACAGUGAGGAACCCACCGCCAAUAUUUGCGUGUUUGCCGAUUCCCAGGUUGAUCGCAGUCCGACCGGUUCUGGAGUCACAGCUCGUAUUGCUCUGCAGUACCACAAAGGCUUUAUACAACUGGAGCAAACCCGGACCUUCAAGAGCGGCGCCACAGGGUCCUUCUUCACUGGCAAAGCAAUUAAGGAGACGGUUUGUGGUGACCACAGAGCGGUGAUUGUGGAGGUGUCCGGUCAGGCUCACUACACCGGCACAGCAAGCUUUACUCUGGAGAGCGAUGACCCUCUGAAGGACGGAUUUCUACUGAAAUAAUCAUCUGCAAGGCAUCUCCUGUCACUAGACUAGACUAGAGUCCUAGAGAUGUCCUUUCAGGGUACAACCUCCUGACUUGUCUGUUUUCGCAAAAUACUUCCAUUCCUCUGUUAUUCUAUCUGGAAAUGUAGGAAUAAAUUGACAGCUGGGCGUUGUUGUGGUGUGUCCCACACGGUCAGCACUGAUUGGACAGUGUGCACUGACGUCCCACCCUUCACAGUGGUAACAGGGAAUGGUGACUUCCAGCUGUCAAUUCAGUCAAACAUUUCUGGUAGGAGUAACAGAGGGACGGCACACCAUUUCCAAGAAAAGACGCUCCAGCAUGUGAAUACAAAUAUUUACUAAAAACAGACAUGUCAGGAGAGCUCACAAAUACCAUAGAUUUCAAUCACAUCCAUCCACUGACUUCUAUUGGGGAGAGUGUAUGCUCAGAAUAGGGGCCAUAGGAUGAUGGGUGAGGGGUCCUAGACGUAGAUAUGCCAUAAAUGUUUCACUGGAAUAUUGCUUUAAUGUUUAUUCAAAUGGGUGCAAUACAUAUGGGAACUGUAUAUUUACUGACACAAGUGGGGUCGGGUAGCAUUAUAGGCAUCCAGUCUACCUAGACUUUUUAUCUCUGGUUCCUGUUUUUAUUUGCCCAGAUCUGAUCCUUAUUUUUUUUUAUUUUUUUUUUAUGUUAG